AUGAACUGGCGAUGCGCGCGUCGCAUGUCGGGGCAUCGUCUGCGGUUUGAGCUUCUCGACGAAGAGCGAACCAGGACCAUGCGCGAAGUGUACGCAUCGAGAGUUCACGAGAGUCCAGCAUACAAGGACGAGGGAGAUGUGCAGUGCGCACACUGCGACGCCCGCUUCACGCGAAUGGAAGGACUCCGGGGCCAUCUUGCGCAUGAACAUGCUAUCGAGGACAUGACGAAGAAGGACUACGUCCUGGGCGUCGAGUUUGAUGACUCAAAGGGUGGCUAUGCCAUAUUACCAGACAAAAACGACAGAUGGAAGAACACUAGAGUCAUCGAAGAUCUCGAUGGGUCGUACGGCGAGCUUGAGCGGCUUCCUAAAGGAGUGCGGUUCGACGAUGACGACUCCUUGGAUGGCUAUCCGGCCGAUGGUGGCAACGACAUUGACCACAGCGAGAGUGGCGGGGACGGAGACAGCGGUGAUGAUCACGUCGUGAACGACGGGGAUGAAGAAGGCGAAGAAGGUAAGGGAGAAGAAGCUGUAGGGGACGGAGACGGAGAUGAAAGUGACGGUGUUCCCGCUGGGCUCAGCCAGCAGCUUAUGUCUGUGUUCUCCAUUACGCACGCUGCGUACAUCGACCAUGACAUGGAGGAUACGGACAACGUCGAAGAUUGA